AUGGAAUACGACGUCGAGUAUCUCGGUGUGAUUCAAAACGAGAAUUUUGCCGAUCUUGACAUCCAUGGAAGAACCGAUUUUCUACGAAUCUUCGAUAAAGCCAAAAAAAAUCAGCUAAUUCGCUCGGCGAGCUCAAAACUCGGCCACAAGUUGGUUUUGGAAAACGCGCGGAUUGUUGUCGUCACGAAUGACAAGUCUGACGUCGUUUUCGAGGUGCCGAUUCCAUUGGUGGCGUGUUGUGGAAGCCUCAUCGAAGAUGGCGUCGUUCUUUUCGUCUUCAAUAUCACUCCUGACAUGCAGGAUCAGAAUUAUAGGGACCUCAUGGUCCUGGCGAUCACAAGCGAGAGCGAGGCUCGAAAAAUCGCGGAGAACCUCAACAAAAUCUUCUCGCAUUUCGCCGAACAGCAAUUGCAGAAUGCAACGAAGCAGUGGCGGACAAUCUCCUCAUCGUGUCUCACAUCGUCUCCGCCGGCGCCGCUCGACACACCGCUCACCGAAUCGAGCCAUCAUUCAUCGGUCGUCAGCAAGGCGAUCAACGAGGUGCGCUCAUGCUUGUCGCCGGAAGAGGAGCCGCACUUUCGCGACAUCCUUCAACGCUACACGAGCGGCGAGAACGACGUGAAGAUUUUCGCGCAGAAGCUCACCGAGAUGUUCGGCGCCAAACGAAAAACGCGUCUCUCGUACUUGAAGCAUGUGCUACGCGCCGAAGAUGUCGCCACAUUCGACGCUGUCUUGCAGUGA